AGCGACCCAACUUUUUUUUCUCUCUCCACCUCAUAUUCAUCCGAAACAUCCAACCAAACCAAACCCUAAUAUCAUCUUCUCCAAUAGAUCUCCCUCUCCAUUCUUAUCAUUCUUACAUAUAAAAGUAUCAUAUUUUAAAAUCUCUUAACCCCCUUUCUUGAAUUCAGAUUUCUAUCCGUUGAAAGGUGUUAACUUUGUUGAUCCAAAUCAUUCAAAACGAACCUAGAUUUGCGAUUUGACUCUUAUUGAUUUGUGAUUCUCCUCUAAGCUUAUAGAUCUUUGGAAGAGGAGUUGAUUUAGAUUUGUUUUUGGAUAAUAAAAGAGAGAAAAAACCCUAAGAAAUAUCGGAUUUUUAUACAGCAGCAACCGACAAAGGGUUUGAAGCUGAACGAGUUCUACAUUUUUGCGGAUAAAGCUCCAAGUGAUUUAUUUGCCUCAGAAGCAAUUAAUUGAUGGCUGAUCAAGUCUUAGAAGGAAGCCAACUAGUAGAUCUUGCCAAGCAUCCUUCUGGAAUCGUGCCUACACUACAGAAUAUUGUAUCUACUGUCAACCUGGACUGCAAGUUGGACCUCAAAGCCAUCGCUUUACAAGCUCGUAAUGCUGAGUAUAAUCCAAAGCGUUUUGCUGCCCUAAUCAUGAGAAUAAGGGAGCCCAAAACAACUGCGUUGAUAUUUGCUUCUGGGAAGAUGGUGUGCAUUGGGGCUAAGAGCGAGCAGCAAUCUAAGCUUGCAGCGAGGAAGUAUGCUCGAAUUAUACAAAAGCUUGGGUUUUCAGCCAAGUUUAAGGACUUUAAAAUUCAAAACAUCUUCGGCUCUUGUGAUGUGAAAUUCCCCAUUAGGCUUGAGGGGCUGGCAUAUUCUCAUGGUGCCUUUUCAAGUUAUGAGCCAGAACUCUUUCCAGGUCUGAUCUAUCGAAUGAAACAGCCAAAGAUUGUGCUGCUUAUUUUCGUAUCAGGCAAAAUUGUUCUCACAGGUGCCAAGGUUCGAGAUGAGACAUACACAGCCUUCGACAAUAUAUAUCCUGUCCUAACUGAGUUCAGAAAGAGUCAGCAGUAACAUAUGGUACUCUCGUCUUAAAUUUCAAAGGUAUUCAAUAUGAAUGGUGAUCCGUACGGAAUGGAGUUCAUACUUCAUAAAUAGAAGGAAACGAGAAAGAAAGAUCAUAAUAGACUAUUUUUAUAUUAGGCUGCAGGAGAGCUUGUAUAGCAUGUCAGUGAUCAUCACCUGUGUUAUCCUGGAAAUCAAAACACCAUCCUUCACCACUUAUCUUUGUAUUUUAUUUUGUUGGUGUGCAGGCAACUGUCUUAUCAUGUUAAGCCUGUCUCUUUGUACUCGAAUAGAAGGGGUUUAAGCUUUUCCUCAUGCCUAUGCCGUUGCUACAGUUUUGUGGAAGAUUCAUUCCAAUUGUAAAUAUAGGAUGAUAAGGAGACCACAUCACCGGCAAUUGCAAAUAUGGGAGGACAUUGGCUGGCGUUCAGGCUUUUUUGAUGCAUCUCAUAAAUUAUGAGGAGACUUUAGAGUGUAAACUGUGGAAUUCACCAAGUGUGCAACUACAUGAGGGGAAAAAAAUUAACAAAAAGAACAAACUAAUUUUUUUAAGGAUUCAACUCUGCGGUUUUUAAUUUUUUUUUUUUUUUUAUAUAUUAAUAAGAAACACUCUUGGGUUCA